AUGAGCAUCGUGGGCGGUGGAAUCAAGAGGGGUUUGUGUCCCCUUUCAUCUGAAGUGUCUAUUUCUCCUAAUGAAUGUGUCAAAAGGCCUUCUACACGAGAUUUCAGUCCUCCUGUGUCCCCGGGCGACGGGACUGGGCAGUCUUCAGACUAUUCACAAGAAUAUUUACUAAAACCGGAAGGAAACGGGCCACCUCGGGGAGACCCAGCGCUCCGCGUCCAGCGGGCCUCCCACCCCGGUUGCUCUCUCUGCUUCUGCGGCGCCUUAGCCCAGCGCACCUCCUUCUCGUCCCCUCCCCCAAAUGAGACAGAGUUCCCGCCCCAGGAGCUGUUCCAGAAUGUUCUAGCCUCGCUGGGGAACCUGUCCCAGAAUUGGAAAAAUAAUCAUGUGAUAUGGACUGUCCCCAGGGAUGAGGCCGAUGUGCUGUACAGGCUCCUGUCUGAAGAGCUGAUGCGAUGUGAACAAGUGUCCGUGCCAGAUGGAAAUCCAUCAGAGGAGGAAAAAAUGUUUCUCUUAUGUUUUCCCUUGUGGAAGUACAAGCUGGAAAAGACUAUCAAAGAACUGAACACCAUUGCAGACCAGGUUGACGCAGCCCACAAGAUGCUCACCAAGACCCCCCUGGUGGCUAGCUCCUCAGGUGCUGUCUCUGCGGCCGUGAGCCUCCUGGGUUUGGCCCUGGCACCUGUGACAGUAGGAGGGAGUCUGAUGCUCUCAGCACUUGGGCACGGCCUUGGGGCAGCAGCUGUCAUGACCAACAUUUUGACAAGUGUCUUAGAAAAUAGAAGCAAUUCGGCAGCUCGAGACAGAGCCAGGAGACUGGUGUCUCUUCCAGCGACAGGGGAGAAUGAAGCUUUGGGAGGAAUAAACCUGUCCGAAGUCAGAGCUGUGGACUUGCCUAUUAAGCAAUCUGCUGGAGUUAUCAACAUCAGGGAACUUCAGGCCUACGGGACGGCCAAAGCCAAAGCCAACUCUGGUUUCGGCAUGGCUACGGUCAAGAAUUUCGCAGCCACAGGCUGUGUCCCCUUCUGGAGGGCCAGAGGGGUGAAGAGAGCCGUUGAGGGCCCAGCUCUGGCCAUGACCAGGGGUGCCCGGCUGAUGGCUGUUGCUGGGGCUGGCUUCUUUCUUAUGCAAGAGGUGAACAGCCUCCUGCAGAACUGGAGGCACCUGGAGGCGGGGGCGAGGGCGGAGAUGGCGGAGCAGCUGAGACCGUGGGCCAAGGAGCUGGAGCAGUGGCUGGGCCAGCUCACCCGGCGCUACGAGCUGAUGAUCCUGAGGCGGGGCUCCGAGGAGCCGUCACUGAACCAGAAGGUAGGAAGGGGGUGGGCGUAAGACAGUGUGGUCAUGGUCCUCCUAGAGCUUCCCAUGGCAGGGCGGGGAUGCUAUAGAGUGGACAUAUAAAUAGAUAAUCACGAUGUCCUUUCUUCAGAGAGGACUUUCCCCAGCCCCCACCUGAAUUAGGUCCCUCCUGUUCUUUCCAGCCUCUCGUUCUUUUCUCUCAAAGUGUUGACCACGCAUUCAUCUGUAUGCAGAUGCUCCCUGUCCUUCUUCCUGUAGAGUACCCUCUGGGAGGGCGGGGACGUGUCCUCAGCCCCAGCAGGGCGUGGCACGUGGUAGGUGCGCCAUAAAUAGGUGUUGAAUGGCAUAAGUGUGGCAUUUCAUGAUGAAGGUGAUGUUUCAGAUGAGUUGAAAAAGGAUAUUUAUCUGAAAAUACUUUCUAUUUCUUGACUCUCUUGAGACACUAAAUAUCUGGAUGAAAAAACUGAAACAAAAACUCCCAUCAGGAAAAUAAAGAAUUUCAAAACU